AUGAUGAUAGUAGGACGAUAUCGACCUGUAUUGUUGUUGCAGUAUCUGUUGCUAUGUGUGGAUAUUUUCAUGAAUGCCUUCACAGAAUUGCUCCGAUUUCAGAACGUGGUACUUUUGGUGUUAUAUGUCAUACAAGACUUCUGCCUGGUGUUUGCUGUCAUCAUCAUCUUUCUUUUGUUCUUUUCCACCUUCAUCUUCCAAGCUGGACUCGUCAGCAUUCUUGUGUCAAAGUUCAAGGUUGCAAUAUCAGUGACAUUUAUUUAUUUUGCACUUUGUCUGGCUCUGCAUAUUUGGACGAUGAAUCUCAGAUGGGGGGAUGUGAACUUCUACAUUUGGGAUAACAGAGGCUACCAUGUUCUUUUUGCUUUCCAGAGGAUAGCUGCAGUUUUCUACUACUAUUUUUACAAAAGAACUGCACUGAAACUAGGAGAGCCUCAUUUUUAUGAAGAUUCAGAGUGGAUUCACAAAGAAUUUGAAAGGAGGAGAUGA